CGCAUCUUAUCGCGGCUGCUUCCCUCACCGCACACGACACUCCUCCCACUCAGUCAACGUCGCGCACGACGAUGGCGACCCAAACGACCCAGGAGACGACCCGCACGCCCGAGCUCACCAUCAUCUCGCGCGUCGCGUCGAUCCCCCUCGUCUCGUCCUCCCUCAGCACCCUCCACGACACCCUCACCAACAACACGUACACCUGCCAGCCCUACACCACCGCCACGACGCUGUCCAGGUCCGCGCUCGGGUACGCAGAGCCCCUCCAGCACCGCUUCGCGCCGCUGCUCGUCCGCGCGGACGAGUACGCGAACCUCGGGCUCGACGCGGUCGAGAGCCGGUACCCGUACCCGUUCAAGACGACACCGGAGGACAUCGUCAGGGACCUCAAGGCCCGCAGCGACAACGCGAAGGACCUCGCGAACAAGACCAUCGAGGCGCGGGUGAAGAGCCCCGUUGCGAACGUCGCAGGGGGCAUCGACCAGCGCUUCGCACCCAUUGUCGACUACUUCCAAGUCGCGGUUCAUAAAAUCUACCCCUCUGCGAACGGCACUGCAGAGCCCGCGUCCCCGGAGACCAGGUACCAGUACCAGCGCGCCUACGCGCUCUCGAGGGAGCUCUCCGACCAGCUGCGCACGUACUCCACAGAGCAGUUGAACCAGCUCAAGACACACAACGCGCUCGUCAAGCGUGCCUCCGAGACAGCCCACGACCUCUCCACGCUCGCGUCGACGGGCUACGGCACUGCCCAGACGAAAGUGCACGCGUUGUCCGACACGAUGCUCACGGAGCUGCACCAAGUGCGCGCAACGACCGCGGCCCUCCCCGCGCACGCGCAAGCCGCGUUCUCGGACAUCUCGCAGCAGCUCUCGUCGACGAUCGCGGACCUGACGGUGAUCCUCAAGUCCGAGGAGCCUGUGCACGCGAAGGUGACGAGGGUCAAGGAGACCGUGCAGGGGCGCGUGCAGCCGAUCCUCGCCGCGGCGACGGCGCGUGUGCAGGAGAUGCUGAGCGUCGUGCGCGCGCGCGUCGGCGAGAAGACGGAGCAGGGAAAGACGGUCGUGGGCGAGGGUAUUGCGCUCGGCGAGGGCGCGGUGGUCGAGGUUGUGGAGGGCGCGAAGCCGUCGGAAGAGGAGGCGGCACCUGUGACGGUGGCGAACGGGAACGGGAACGGGAACGGGCAUGCGUGAGGUCUCUCGGUCGUGUUCCUUGUUUCCUGUCUCAUUGUGGAAGGCGGUGUGCCUACGACCUGACAACUAUUCUCUCCUCUCUUUUCGCGGCUUGCCAUAGACGUUGCACCACUCUCUUAGAUUCCGGUACGAGCACAUGUAUGUAUCAUACUCGUAGACGACGCUUGUGAGGGCGUAGGUUGUUAUGAUACUUGGAAUAGAAAUGUGAACUUACGAAGUG